CCUAGGCCUGCAUAGGGGUUGCUUCUCUUGGUCUCCAUGUUGCUUGCCGCUUCAGCUUCCCGUGUUGCGGGGUGAAGUUUUGAAAGAGUUGAAGCUGCUUCGCCCUCUUCGACAACAUCGUUCCUGUUGGAUCGGAAGUCAUAAUGGUAGCUCGCCAUGAAGUGAUUUCCCUUUAUCUAUCAUCCUGGUUGGAGUUGGAGAUGGGCCUUGGGACAUGAUGAAAGAGUUUGAUGACAAUAUUCCGGCAAGAUCUUUUGAUAAUUUCCAGUUUGUGAAUUUCACUGAAAUCGUGUCAAAGAAAAUUGAUCAGAGAAGAAAAUAUAUGGAGUUUGCUCUUGAUGCUCUGAUGGAAAUUCCUUCACAAUACAAUGCAACAUUGGAUCAUGGGAUAUUGGGUCGUAGGAGCGGUAAAUCUCUAAAAAUGGUCGCUCUUCCUCCACCUAUAGGAACUUUCAGUUUAUCAUCCACUGGUUACCAAAAUUUUCAUUCGACCCCUUUCCAACGAAGUGAGCCAUUCCUUCCCUCAUAUGAGCCUCGGUCAAGCACAUCCCCACCUGCUCAGGUUUCCUCAUUUGAUGAUAAGGUGUGUCCAAUAUGCCUAACAAACCCCAAGGAUAUGUCGUUCGGCUGUGGGCAUCAGUAGACGUGCUAGGAUUGUGGACCAAAUCUUCAAACAUGUCCAAUUUGCUGAUGUGAGAUUCAUACGAGAAUAAAGCUCUUUUAACACCAAAAAUCCUGCUUGAAGACAGACCAUUUGUAGAUUUCCAGAGAAAUGUAUUAUAUUGUUAUAUUUCUGUGUUUGGUUGUUUUUUUAUCUGCAAAAAACUCAGAAUUGGAAGAGCCGGUCUUUUGUUAUCUUCUUCCUCAUCAAAUUGCUGGCAUGGAGCAUUGUAACAUAUAAGAUGCACGGAUUAAUUGUUUGGUUCUUUAGUCAAUAAUUUUCUCCAUGAAGAUCACCAUCAAAUUGUAAUUUAUUUUUGUGGAAUAUU